AGGCCAGGCAGGGCUACUGACUGGCUGAAAAAGGACAAAGUCAAUCAUUGAACUCUAUGGUCUUCAUAGAAAUCUCUUAACAUCAAAACUUCUUUCCUUACAUACUUCUCUUAUCCUGUGAAGAUGAAAAUUGACAUCCAUAAUCACAUUCUACCAAAAGAAUGGCCAGAUCUAAAAAAGAGGUUCGGCUAUGGAGGCUGGGUGGAGCUCCAGCACCAAGGCAAGGGAGAAGCAAAGAUGCUGAAAGAUGGAAAGGUCUUCAGAGUGGUCCAAGAGAACUGCUGGAAUCCAGAAGUCCGCAUUAGAGAAAUGGACCAAAAAGGAGUAACCGUGCAAGCCCUUUCCACCGUUCCCAUCAUGUUUAGCUACUGGGCCAAACCUCAGGACACUUUAAGCCUGUGCCGGCUUUUAAACAAUGACCUGGCCACCACUGUUGCAAGCCACCCCAGGAGGUUUGUAGGCCUGGGAACGCUGCCCAUGCAGGCCCCGGAGCUGGCCGUGGAGGAGAUGGAGCGCUGUGUGAGGGAGCUGGGCUUUCCCGGGGUCCAAAUGGGUUCCCGCGUCAACGAGUGGGACCUGAACGCGAGGGAGCUCUUCCCUGUCUACGCGGCGGCUGAAAGGCUAAAUUGUUCCCUGUUUGUGCACCCCUGGGACAUGCAGAUGGAUGGACGGAUGGCCAAAUACUGGCUUCCUUGGCUCGUAGGAAUGCCAGCAGAAACCACCAUAGCCAUUUGCUCCAUGAUCAUGGGUGGAGUGUUUGAGAAGUUCCCUAAACUGAAAGUGUGUUUUGCACAUGGAGGCGGUGCCUUCGCCUUCACAGUGGGAAGAAUCUCUCAUGGAUUUAGCAUGCGACCUGAUCUUUGUGCCCAGGACAAUCCAAUUAACCCAAAGAAAUACCUUGGUUCCUUUUACACGGACUCCUUGGUUCAUGAUCCUCUGUCCCUCAAGCUGUUAACGGAUGUCAUAGGAAAGGAUAAAGUCAUUUUGGGAACUGAUUACCCCUUUCCACUAGGUGAGCUGGAACCAGGAAAAUUGAUAGAGUCCAUGGAAGAAUUUGAUGAAGAAACAAAGAGACAGAGUCUCACUUUACCGCCCUUGGUAGAGUGCCAUGACAUCACAGGACUCACAGCAACCUCCAGCUCUUGGGCUUCCACGAUUCUCCUACCUCAGUCUCCUUACUUAACUAUGCCAAUCCCAUUAUUUUCACUUUAUAUAGUUCAUUCUCCCAUCCUCUUCUUGCUCCUCCUGAUGCUUUCCAGGAUUUUACCCACCCACUGCUCUGCUUAUUACUCCUAUCUGCCUACAAAGAAAAACAAAGUUGAACAAAACAACAACAUGAAGCAUAUGUUCAUGUUUUUCUCCUCCAAUUUUUGGGGGAAAUGACUACACCUUUUCAAAUAUUCUAUAUUUGAGCACUUUGAACAUAAUGGUGUGUAAUGACUGUUUCACUAUAAAAAGUAACCUGAUCACUUUAUUCAAUAUCAUAUAUAGUGAAUGGGUAUAUUCAUAUUCACAGAAUGCUUUUUUAAUUACUGUCCCAAAACUAUAGGAAUGCUCCAGGCAUGCCACAAGUAAACAAAAAGGAUGAAAUUUCUUCUCUGACAAAGCUUAUAAUCUAGAGAGUAAGAAAUAUAAAUGAAUAAAGGAAGGAGGAAGAAAAAGAAGGAACAGAAGAAGGAAAGAAGAAAGGAAAUUUUUCUUAUACUGAUAAAAACUACAAAGAAAUUAAGAGUGGAACAUGUGAUAAAGAGGAGAGAUAAAAUAUUAAAUUGUGGGGCUAAAGAAAUUCUCUUUAAAGACUUUGAACUUAGAUUUAAAUGAUAGAAUGGAGAAUUCCAAGCAAAGUGCACAGGCUCCAAGGCAGGAAAGAGCUUAUUUGAGACUGGAGUUUGUAAGCAAGGGAAAGAGAAGGAGGAGGUAACACCAACAGGUCAGCCAGAUCAGUAGAAUAUGACCAAGGGUUUGUAUUUUCAUAUUAAGUGUCAUAGGAAGCCACUGGAAAUUUUUAAAUGGUCUGUGUCAUACUCUAACUUAUGUUUAUUUUUUACAAAAACCAUAUAUAUUAAUAGCUAUAUAGAAAAUUAUUAUUAAUAAAAGCAGCCAGAAAAGAAUUAGAGAGAUUAAGCAAGAAAUAAAUGAUGGUGACUUGGGCAAGAACCCUAGAAUGGGGAUGGUGAGACAUGUUUGCAGGUAGAACCGACAGCAUUUAAUGAUGCACUGAAUGUGAGGAAGAGGGAGGAAAGGAAGGGAAGGAAUCAAGGUUGCCUCCUAGGUGUGUAUAUGUACAUGUGUGUGCUCCACGGUUUAUUCAAUCAGUCUCCUAUAUUUGGACAUUUAGAUAAUUUCCAAUAUCUUGUAAUUACUUUCUGCAAUAUUGAUGCUGCAAUAAAAUCAGAUUGACUUCCUACAUCAUACAUAAAGAUAAAUGGCAACUCUAAUUGGAUCAAAGAUUUAACUAUAAAAAGCUAAACUGUGCAAGUACUAGAAGAUAUGAGUGAAUUCUGGCUGUUGGGAAGGGUUUUCUAACUGUGAAUUUUCUGAGCACACAAUUCCUGGGGACAUUUAUGUUUUGACAUGUAGUUAAUAGUGUUAAACUCAUCCCUACUUUAGAUUUAGAUGCCUGGACUCCCAGAUUUUUUACUUGAGCAGCUGGUUAGACAUAUUACCAUUUACUAUGAUGAAGAAUAGGAGAGAAAUAGGCUUGGGAAGAAACACUUUUCUAGUUGGAUUGGUUACAUUUCAGACUCCUCUUAGACAUUUGAGUAGGAAUGUCAAGUAAGCGGGUGAGUAUACUAUCCUGGAGAGCUCAAGAGAGAGGGGGAAAGUCACCAACGUAUAAAAGGUAUUUCUUUUUUUUCUUUUUUUUUUGAGACAGUCUCACUAUGUCGCCCUCAGUAGAGUGCUGUAGUGUCACAGCUAAGAGCAACCACAGACUCUUGGGCUCAAGUGAUUCUUUUGUCCCAGCCUCCCAGGUAGCUGGGACUACAGGUGCCCGCCACAACACCUGGCUAGUUUUUUGUUGUAGAUGUCAUUGUUGUUUAGCAGGCCCUGCUGGGUUCAAUCCCGCCAGCCCCGGUGUAUGUGGCUGGUGCCCUAAUGACUGAUCUAUAGGCACCAAGCCUGUAUAGAAGGGAUUUAAAGAAAUGACCUCCACAGCUAUGAUUUAAUAUUAAUAAUAAAAAAAAGAAAUUACCUCAUCUCUAUAAAUAGAUAAACAAACUAAAUAAAAUGACAUCAAGAUUUCUAGUCUGAUCAAAGAAUUGAAUUGCUCAUUCUUGAGAUAUAGAGAGAAAAGUAAGAGGAGAAGUUCUGCUGGGCACAGAGGCCUAUAAUCCCAUACUUUGGAAAGAUGAGGUGGGAGGAUUGCUUGAGCCCAGGAGUUUAAGACAACACUAUGGGGGCAACAUAGUGACCCCAUCUCUUAAAGAAUAUUAAAAAUAAAAAAAAAAGAAAAAAAAAAGAAAUGAGACCAGGUCAGGUGCAGUGGCUCCUGCCUGUAAAUCCUAGCACUUUGGGAAGCCAAGGCUGGAGGAUCACUUGAGCCAGGAGUUCAAGCUAUGAUUGUUCCACUGCACUCUAGCCUAGGUGACAGAGAGGAUCCUAUCUCUAAAAUAAUACUAAAAAUGAAAUGAAAUAAAUGAGACUAGAUGAAAUCACCUGGCAAAAAAGUAAGCAGAGAACCAAAAGAACCCAGGACUGAUUCCUAGGACUCAUCAACACUUAGAAGUCACAUGGAGGACCCAGCUUUGUUCCCAGCACAACAGCCUGUGAGACAGGAGGAAAGUCAGGAAAUGUAUUCAGGAAUAAAGAGAAGACAAUGUUUCAAGAAGUCCUAACAGCUUUAUGCAUAAAAUUUUAAAAAAUCAAAGCUACAACACAAUGGUAUUUUAUAUGGAACCAUAUGCUUGACUCUACUUCCCACAGUCCCAACCCUGAUUAAUGCAAUCACCCAGUGGUCUAAAUCCUCUACCUUAUCCAUACCAAAUAUGCUAUUAAAUCCAAUAGAUUCUACCAAUUCUGUCUUUUUAUUUCUUAUCUAUUCUUUCUUUUCUGUGGCUUCCAACUAAACUCA